AUGGCUGCGAAAGCGUUUUUCGAUAUUAAGGCCGGUGAUGAACGAUUGGGGAGGAUUAUAUUUGAGCUAUUCAAUGAUGUUCCAGAUACUACUAGAAACUUUCGCGAGUUAUGCACUCACAAGAAUAAUUUUGGUUACAAAGGUUCCGUUUUCCACCGAAUAAUUCCAGGCUUCAUGUGUCAGGGUGGCGAUUUCACCAAUGGCGAUGGCACGGGUGGAAAAAGUAUAUACGGAAAUAAAUUCAAAGAUGAGAACUUCAAUCACAAACACGAAGCGUUCUCACUUUCAAUGGCCAAUGCGGGACCUAACACCAAUGGUUCGCAAUUCUUUAUUACUACUGUCCCUUGUUCGUGGCUUGACGGCAAACAUGUUGUUUUCGGUAAAGUCGUCAGUGGCAUAGACGUGGUGAAGAAAAUGGAGAGUUUAGGUUCCACAAGUGGAAAGCCGUCCAAGAAAAUUAUAAUCGAAGAUUGUGGAGAAUGUUAA